AUGAUUUCUCCUGGAAAGUCUCUGAAAGAAGCGCUGCUCUUUGCUCAGAGUGAAGAUCGAGUCACUGUUGGGGUCUACGAGAGUGCAAAAAUUAUGACUGAAGACCCGGACAGCGUGUCUUUCUGCGUCCUGGCCAUGGAUGAGGAGUUUGAGUGCGACAUCGCCCUCCAGAUUCACUUCACCCUCAUCCAGUCCUUCUGCUUCGACAACGACAUCAGCAUCGUGAGAGUGAGCGACAUGCAGCGCCUGGUUGAUAUCGUUGGAGACAAGGCGGAGCAGCUCGAAGAUGCGCACUGCGUCCUCAUCACGAAUCCAACUGAAGGGUCUUGGGAGGACCCCGCUCUGGAGAAGCUGCACCUGUUCUGUGAGGAGAGCCGCCGUCUGAACGACUGGGUUCCUGAGAUCAGCCUCCCUGGCCGUUGAUCUGGGACUCACUCAGAUGCUUUGAAGCUUCUUAAUCUGGAAAUACUCAUCCUGAUGAUCAGGAUGAUCCUGUUUCUGCUCAUCCCUGGAUACUCCUGAGGAGGAAUCCCGUCCAGGCAGCACGGCGCCGGCCCGAGGAGGGCCCCCACGCACCGUGAACCCGUCGCCUCUCGUCCCGUCCAUGCCAAGAUGACUCUCAUUCUUUAUGUGAACGAGGUCGGGCAUGCCACGAGAGCGACACGUCGACCCUCAUUCUUUGUGCGGAUGAGGUUUGGAGAGGAAGGAGAAGCGAGUUCUGCGUCCUGUGGUCCCACAGAGCAAAUGUCGCACGUUGAAGCACGCGCAGCAGGAGAAGAAGCGGUGCUGAGGAAGAGGCCUACUUAGAAAGGGACUUUUUGAGGAGGUUCUCUUUGCUGAGCAACAUGACAGCAGUUGCAGUCAGCGGAAAUGUUUCCCACUUUCCAGAAUUGUCUUAAUUCUCUAAAGGUUUCACUUUAGAAAUUUAACAAUGAUGAAAAUAUUCUAGAACUUUAAAAAAGCCUAUGUUGAAAUUAUGAGACAAACAUCAAAAAAAAAAAAAAAAAAAAAAAAAAAAAAAUAAAACAUGUUUCAAGACAUUUUGUAAUCGAGAUAACCAGAAACUGUAGACCAGUAAUAUUUAGAAAAAUAAAGA